CAAGAGGAGUGCGAGAACGAGACUGGUUCGUUGUACUGUUCGGUGUGCGGUCGGGUGUGGUCCAACGCCCUCACUCCCACCAAUCCAGGCACCGAGGGAGCCAUUCGUCGGGUUCCCGCCCAACCUGUCGCCAAUGAAAUAGCUGCUGUCCCCGUCUCCACAUCCUCUGCCUCUGCUGCACUUGAUGGCUGCGCCGCAAGUUUUCUCCUCCUUCAGAAUCAUAUCGUUCCUGGACUCAAAAGUUGUCUCUCAGUCUGGAAGUCCGUCUUCUCUGAAGAGGUUGCCAUGGGAAUCAUCUCGCCGUACUGGCAUGUGCGACAGAGUGCGUUGCGUCAGGUGGCGAAGAUCACCAUUUGUCGAGUGUUGAUGGCUCGAAAGGCCUCAACCUCCUCCACAGACGUCGCCCCCACAACUCUACGUCCUUCAGCUCAGCAAGCCGAGGCCUCAAGUGGCAGCACCAACAAUAACUACAUGGGAUGCGAGUCCCUUCGAAUGUCCAUCCGACUCAUCCAGUACCUCCUCAGUGAUCCCGCCGAUGAAGUCUUCAUCGCGUCACUUGUGAGUGCUCCUCCUCCUCCUCCCCUCUCAACUUCCCUUUUUUUAGUAACCUUCACUAUUGGUGAAGGGGGUUUUCUCUGUGCCCUAUUCCACUUUCUCACUGGUUGUGGCACGCUCAUGCGUUUCAAAGACGACGUUUGCUUGUUUAAUGCAGACGCAUUUCUCCCGAUUCGUGAGCACCAUGAUUGA